GCCGCCGGGCCGAAGUGGCGGCGGCGGCGACGAGCGGCCGCCGCGUCCCGCCCGCGCCCGCCCCGGGCCCCCCUACCUGGCCGUCCGCCGAGCCAUGUCGUUGAGCCCCAAGCACACGACGCCCUUCUCCGUUUCCGACAUCCUGAGCCCCAUCGAGGAGACCUACAAGAAGUUCGGCGGCGUCAUGGACGGUGCGCCGCCCGGCCUGGGGGCGCCCCUGGGGGCCGCUGCCUACCGCGCGCCACCGAGCGGCCCCUCCUCGCAGGCGGCGGCCGUGGCGGCGGGCAUGCAGCCGCCCCACGCCAUGGCCGGACACAACGCGGCGGCGGCAGCAGCGGCGGCAGCGGCGGCGGCCGCGGCGGCCGCCACCUACCACAUGCCUCCCGGCGUCUCGCAGUUCCCGCACAGCGCCAUGGGCAGCUACUGCAACGGCGGCCUGGGCAACAUGGUCUCCAGGUUCAUGGGGCCGUCGGCGGGCGUGAACGUGGCCGGCAUGGGUUCGCUGACCGGCAUCGCGGACGCCGCCAAGUCGCUGGCACCGCUGCACGCGGCCGCGCCGCGAAGGAAGCGCCGAGUGCUCUUCUCGCAAGCGCAGGUCUACGAGCUGGAGCGGCGCUUCAAGCAGCAGAAGUACCUGUCGGCGCCCGAGCGCGAGCACCUGGCCAGCAUGAUCCACCUGACGCCCACGCAGGUCAAGAUCUGGUUCCAGAACCAUCGCUACAAGAUGAAGAGGCAGGCCAAGGACAAGGCGGCGCAGCAGCUGCAACAGGAGGGCGGCCUGGGCCCCCCGCCGCCUCCGCCGCCGCCGUCGCCGCGCCGCGUGGCGGUACCGGUGCUGGUGAAGGACGGCAAGCCGUGCCAGAACGGCGCGGGCACCCCGACGCCUGGCCAGGGAGGCCAGCAGCCGCAAGCCCCGACGCCCGCGCCAGAGCUCGAGGAGCUGUCGCCCAGCCCGCCCGCUCUGCAUGGUCCCGGGGGCGGCUUAGCGGCCCUGGACGCGGCCACCGGGGACUACGGCGGAGGCGUGCUCGGCGCCAACCUGCUCUAUGGCAGAACGUGGUGAUGAGCCCCGAGGGUCUGCCUGCGACUCGCAGGAUCCGCCAAGAAACUGCAAGAACGGAUGGGGGAAAUGUACAGAUGCUGACCCUUUAGUGCAUGGAGAUAAGAACGAAUGAGUCACGGAGAGGGUCAGGCUGCUCUGAACCUCUUUACUGGGGGUGGGAGAAGGCAACAGCCCCGGACCGAAUAAUGUGACACCACACUCUGAGGUGGUGAUUUCCCUUCUUUCAGAAGUUCCUAAGUUAUGCGGAAGAACUGACUGACGGAAUACGCAUUCACCACGUUCCUAACCAAAGCUCUCAAGAGUUUUAGAAGUCGGAAACUUUGUUGGUGUUUGUAUCUCUAUAAAUCAACCAGCUUUUCACGAUGAAUCCUUGAAGUGGAAUUUAUUUUGGGAGAUUAAUUUGCAAAGCCCCUCCCCUAAGUGCAAUUUCGUUAAUGCUUGAUUGAAAGUAAAUUGAAUUGUAGCCCAAAGUGGAUCAUAUACACAGCAACGUGAUUGCUGAGGAAUAACUGCCAUUUGGGUAAAAUAGAGAAAUGGAA